UAUGCUUCGUCCUGGUUCCUCUAUGAGUAAAGCUAAAUAAACAAAAGCUGCCGCACCAGUUUCUGGUGGAAUUGCAACUAGAGUUGUUCAAGAAAGAAUGCCUACAUUAGAAGAAUAUGUUAAAAAUAGAGAUUGGGUAGGAGCAAUCUCACUCUUAGAAAAUGAAUAAAAGUAUUAAUGAUAAUUUAAGAAUAGUUUUAAUGAUUCAAGAGCUGAACCUAAAUUAUGGUUAGCUUAUGCCUGUUUUCAUAAUGGAGAAUAUAAGUAUAAUACUUUUGUACAUUUUAAAAUAGAAGGGCCAUCUAGGUUUAUGAUUAGAUGAUGACAAAGCCUGAUUACAACAAAGAGAUCCAUAUCUAUAAAGCUUGUUGUUUUUAUGCUCUAUGUUAAUACGAAGAUGCCAAGAGAGAAUGUUCUAAAGGUCCAGAGACAGCACUAUCUGUGAGAUUGUAAAUGCAUAUAUUCUAAGUUAUAGAUAAUUUCAUAUUGCUCACAAGAAAAAUGAUGAAAAGAAUCUAAUGACCUAUCAUCAUAAGAUAUAAGAAACAGUUCAUGAUUAGUUAUGUUUAGCAGCAAUUCAUUAUUUAAGAGGACAUUAUGAAGAAGUAACUGAUAUUUUUUUAUUUUAUAGGCAACUGAUGCAUACAAAAAAUUAUUGCUUGAAAAUCGAGAAUAUUCAGCAAUCAAUGUUUACAUAGCUUUAUGUUAUUAUAAAUUAGAAUAUUUUGAUGUUUCUAUUGAAAUACUAUCUUCCUAUUUAAAUUAAUUUCCAUAAAGUGUAACAGCUAUAAAUCUUAAGGCUUGCAAUCAAUUUUAAUUAUACAGUGGUAAAUUAGCAGAAGAAGUAUUCAAACCAUUACAAUAAUAAUAUGAAGGAAUCAAUGUUUGUGCAGAUAAUGAUUUAUUAAAACAUAAUUUAGUUGUUUUUAGAGGUGGAGAGAAUGCAUUAAAAGUCUUACCUCCUUUGGUAGAAAUUUUCCCAGAGGCUAAACUCAAUCUGAUUGUUUAUUAUUUGAAAAAUGAAGAUAUUGCAGAGGCUUUUAAUUUAGUAUAAGAUUUAUAACCAACAAACCCAAAAGAAUAUAUCUUAAAGGCUGUAGUUUAUGCUAUGAAAGGAUAAUCAAGUCCUGAUUAAAAAGAAGCCUUAAAAACUGCUCAAUAACUAUUUUAAUUAGUAGGAUCUUCUGCUAGUGAAUGUGAUACUAUACCUGGAAGGUAAUCAAUGGCAUCUUGCUUCUUUAUUUUGAAACAAUAUGAAGAUGUUCUAGUUUAUUUAAAAUCAAUUAAAUAAUUCUUUUAAAAUGAUGAUGAUUUCAAUUGGAAUUAUGGUAUUGCUUGUGCUGGUACAGGAGAUUACAAAGAAGCUGAAGAUGCUUUAGCAUAAAUUCAAUCAGAAAAAUAUAGAGUAAUUUAUUUAUACUAAUUUAGUCUGAUGAUAUCUACAUUAAAUGGAUGACUAGAACAUAUAUAAUGAAUGGCAAGGCUAAGUAAUUUAUUGUUAUUUAUUAUUUAGAGAAGCAUGGGAAUUAUAUAUUAAUAUGGAGACUUCAAGUGAAUCCUUUUAAAUUUUAGUUUUAAUUGCCAAUGAUUGUUAUAAGAUGGGUCAUUUUUAUUAUGCUGCUAAAGCUUUUGAUAUACUACAAAGAUUAGAUUCAGAUAAUGGAGAACAUGAAUAUGAAGAUGCUUUAAGAGGGUCAGUUGUAGGAGUAUUUUAAAUGGUCAUUGCAUCAAAAGAGACUUUAGAUCAUUUGAUUGAAGUGAUGAAUAUCUUAACAAAUACAGGUGACAAUCCUUAAGUAGAAUUUAUUUUAAAAAUAAUUAAAAAAUGGGGCAAAGAAAAUAAUUGGAAAAUAUGA